CUCUUAUCCACGAUGGUGUUUGAACAUCCCAACCUCCAGGUUCCGCGCAACUGCGGCCGGCGGCUGAUGCCCGCCGUGCUCGACGAAGUGGCCGAGAGCGAUCCCCAGCGAGUGUUCGUCUCAGUGCCCAAGAGCUCCAACCUAGCCGAUGGCUUCAAGGACAUUCCUUAUGGCACGUUCGCCAAGGCUGUGAACAAGUGUGCCUGGUAUCUGCGCGAGCAGCUCGGCGAGGACUCAAUCCCGAAGACCAUUCUCUACAUGGGUCCGCUGGAUGUGCGAUACCUGGUCAUCAUCCUGGCGGCGGCCAAGGCAGGCCACAUGGCCUUCUUCAGCUCGCUCCGCAACAGCUUAGAAGCCCACCUCUCCUUACUAGACAAGUGUGGCUGCGACACAGUCCUCGUGCCCAGCCGUGCACCGGCCAUCCUCGGCCAGAUCUUUGCCGCGCGCCCCAUGGAGCAGAUCGCGGCUCCCGAAGUAGACUUCUUCUUUGAAGACCUUGACCAAGUGCCCCCGAUCCCAUUUACCCUGACCUGGGAAGAAGCCAAAACCAAGCCCUUCUGCGUUCUCCACACGUCCGGCUCGACGGGCAUCCCCAAGCCCGUCUUCGUCACCUACGGCACCUUCGCCAGCAACGACGCCCACCAGCUCAUCCCCUCCCUCGGCGGCAAGCCAACGCUCAUCAACUACCUCUCGGGCCAGCGGCUCUUCCUGGCCCUCCCUGUCUUCCACGCCGCCUGCCUCACCUUUACCCUCGUGUUCAACAUCUUCGGCGGCGUCACCUGCGUCCUGCCCCCACCCGAGCCCCUAACCGCCGACCUGGCCAACCAAGCCUUCCUCCACGGCAACCUCGACGGCGCCCUAAUGGCCCCCUCCCUAAUCGUCGACUGCUACAACAACAACGCCCACUGCGUAAACAUGGUCCAACGCCUCAAAUUCCUCUCCUACGUCGGCGGCGCCCUGCCGGAGGAAGUAGGCAACGUGCUCACCACGCGUAUCAAACUAAUGACGAUGAUGGGCUCGUGCGAAACCGCCCUGCACCCACUCGAACUCAACCCGGACCCCGCCGACUGGCAAUACCUCACCAUCAGCCCGUUCCUGGGCCACACCUUCCGGGCGGACCGCGACGGGCUCUCCGACCUCGUCUUCAUCCGCGACCCGCGCUUCGAGCUCUUCCAGGGCGUCUUCCGCACCUUCCCCGACAAGACCGAGUUCGCCAUGGGCGAUCUCUUCGAACAGCACCCGCGCCGCCCGGAGUCAUGGGUCUUCCGCGCCCGCACAGACGACAUCAUCGCCUUCACCACCGCGGAGAAACUCAACCCCGUCACCAUGGAGAGCGUCAUCUCCGCAAACGCCAAGGUCAAGUCCGCCGUCGUGGGCGGCCAGGGCCAGUUCCAGGCCUCCGUGCUCAUUGAGCCGUACACGUAUCCGCGGAGUAAGGAAGAAGAGGACCAGUUUCUGCGUGAUGUCUGGCCGAGUAUUCUGCAGGCGAAUCGGGAUUGUCCGGCCCACGGACGUAUUAUGCGGGGCUUUGUGAUGCUGACGAAGCCGGACAAGCCGAUGCCCAGGGCGGGCAAGGAUACCGUGCAGAGGCAUCAGGUGUUGAAGUUGUAUGCGGAGGAGUUUAGGGAGUUGUAUGACCGCAUGAGGCCGCAUGUGAAGAAGGAUGGGGUUGCUGUGCAGGAGGUGGAGAGGGAGGCGGUGGCGGUGGAUGUUGGUGACGGUGACCUCGAUCGUAGGGUCGAGGAGGCGCUGCAGCGGGUUUUGCCGGGGGCGGUUGAACGCGCUGUGCAGGAUGUGUUGGCGCGGUUGCUUGCUGGGCUGACGGGGCAGCUGGCGCCUGUGGCUUCGCAGAGUGUUCCUGUGCAGCCGCCGGUGCAUGUCAAUGGGGAGGUGAAUGGGGUGACAAAUGGGGUUGAAGAGGUGGUGCAGCCGGCACCCCCUGAGUUGAAGAAGGUCAUUUAUGAUCAGCUGGGUGAGAAUAUGGAUAUUAGGGAGGUCAAGGAUGACUCGGAUUUGUUCCAGUUUGGGUUGGACUCGCUGGUGGUCAUCGAUUUGACCAAUGCGCUGAACACCUAUAUUAUCAAAUGGAGGCCAGGGAAGGAGUUGUUGGAGCCGAAGGUGGUGUAUGAUAACCCAACGGUGGAAAGGAUACUGGGUCUGGUUGAGGACGCUGGGAAAGCAUAA